AUGAACGGUACUGAGGCCAUCGAAGGGGCUUCGGUACCGCAGUCGCCGAAUGCCAAGAAAGUCUACAAGCUUGUCCUGACUGGCGGGCCGUGUGGUGGGAAGACGACUGGACAAGAACGUGUUGCCACCUUUUUCGAAAAUAUUGGCUGGAAGGUGUUCACAGUUCCGGAGACGGCCACCGUACUGCUUGGCGGUGGUGUUAAAUUUGCAGAAUUGACCACCCAGCAAUCGUACGAGUUCCAGAAGGACUUGUUGAAGACGUUGGUCAGGAUUGAGGAUGUCUUCUUCAACCAAGCCGCUCUAAUUGCCGACCGAAACGUGUUGAUCAUCUGCGAUCGCGGUGCAAUGGACCCUUCUGCAUAUAUUGACCCGGUCGGCUGGAAGAAGAUGCUCGACGAGUGCAGCUUUGACCAGUUCAGCCUGCGAGAGGACCGCUAUAAUCAGGUAGUGCACAUGGUAACUGCUGCCGAUGGAGCUGAACAAUUCUACACCUUGUCCAACAACAACACCAGAAAAGAGGGAGUUGUCCAGGCAAAGAAUCAAGACGAACUAACACGACAGGUCUGGAUCGGUCACCCCUACGUCGACAUCGUCGACAACACCAACUGCAAAAGCUUUGACGACAAAAUUCUGAAGCUCAUCGAAGCAGUAUGCUACCGUAUUGGAAUCUCGGUUGGCGAUCGUCUACACAAGAACUCAAAGAAACGAAAAUGGCUGGUCAGGGCCUUCGACCUCUCCCACUUCCCAAAAUUCGAGGAGUUCAAAGUUACGCAUGAUUAUUUGUUGAGCGACAACAAUUCGAUUCAGGUUCGGAUCCGGACAAGGACCCAGAACAAUCGAACAACAUAUACCAUCACCUCGCGGCAUAUUAGGAAUGAUGAGACGGUGGAGACGAGGAUGAAAAUUAAUGAGCGAGAGUAUCAGAGGUAUCUAACGAUGAAAGAUCGAGGUCGUGCCACCAUUCACAAGCAGAGGCGGUGUUUUUCAUACGGGAAUCAGUACUUUAAUCUUGACGUCUACGUCGAGCCCCUGCCUCCAGCCUCCCACGGACAAAUCAUGAUCCUGGAGACGUACACGACAAAUGUCGGCGAGACGACCCUCCCCCCAUUUAUGGAUGUUGUUAAGGAGAUUACAGGCGAUCCGCAAUACAGCAUGUACGAGAUCUCAAAGCGCCCCGGGAGUGCAGCCGACACCUUCCAAGGAGAGUUCGAAUCCCAGAUCUUUAGUGACGAC